CAGCCAACUAACUCACCAGUCUCAACUCACCGACAUCCCAAUUCAAACAACUGCAUUUUCCAUUUGCAAAUUAACCAAAAUGGCUGAAGGAUCUGGUGGUAUCGACCGCAAGGCCGAGGAGAAGAUGGAGUUUUCCACUUCCAAGGAGGUCACUGUGCACCCAACAUUUGAGUCCAUGGCCUUGAAAGAAAACCUUCUCCGCGGUAUCUACGCUUACGGUUACGAAUCCCCCUCUGCCGUGCAGUCUCGUGCCAUUGUCCAGGUCUGCAAAGGCCGCGACACCAUCGCCCAAGCGCAAUCCGGUACGGGUAAGACUGCAACCUUCUCGAUCAGCAUGCUCCAGGUUAUCGAUACGGCCGUCCGUGAGUCGCAGGCCCUUGUCCUGUCUCCUACUCGAGAACUCGCCACACAAAUCCAGUCCGUUGUCAUGGCCCUUGGCGACUACAUGAAUGUGCAGUGCCACGCCUGCAUUGGCGGCACCAACGUUGGUGAGGACAUUCGCAAGCUCGACUACGGCCAACACAUUGUCUCUGGUACCCCUGGCCGUGUUGCCGACAUGAUUCGUCGCCGCCAUCUCCGCACAAGACACAUCAAGAUGCUCGUCCUCGAUGAGGCCGAUGAGCUGCUCAACAAGGGUUUUCGCGAGCAAAUCUACGAUGUGUACCGUCACCUGCCUCCUGCAACUCAAGUUGUUGUUGUCAGUGCCACUCUGCCCUACGAUGUGCUCGACAUGACGACCAAGUUUAUGACGGAUCCCGUCCGCAUUCUCGUCAAGCGUGACGAGUUGACGCUCGAAGGCCUGAAGCAAUACUUUAUUGCUGUGGAAAAGGAAGACUGGAAGUUUGAUACCCUUUGCGAUUUGUACGAUACCCUCACCAUUACACAAGCCGUUAUUUUCUGCAACACCCGCAAGAAGGUCGAUUGGCUCACCGACAAGAUGCGCGACGCCAACUUCACCGUCAGCAGCAUGCACGGCGAGAUGCCCCAAAAGGAGCGUGACAGCAUUAUGCAAGACUUCCGUCAGGGCAACAGCCGUGUCCUCAUCUCGACCGAUGUCUGGGCCCGUGGUAUCGAUGUGCAGCAGGUCAGCUUGGUCAUCAACUACGAUCUGCCUAGCAACCGUGAAAACUACAUCCACCGCAUUGGCCGCAGUGGUCGCUUUGGCCGCAAGGGUGUUGCCAUCAACUUUGUCACCACCGAUGAUGUCCGUAUCCUUCGUGAUAUCGAAUUGUACUACUCUACCCAGAUCGACGAAAUGCCAAUGAACGUCGCCGACCUUAUCUCUUAAACAAGACGACUCCAUCUCAAUACUCGUCUUUUGUUUUUAAUUACGGCCUUGAAAUAGAUGGCACAGCAGCAAGCGGAAUGCAAUAAUCGCUUUAUAUACAGAACGAUUUGAUAGUGUGGAGGGAAGGGCAAGAAUAUAUUUUGAGAUUACCAGCGAACACCACCAUGCCCACGUUCUUACUGUGCCACAAUUAACAGCAGCAUACUAACCAAUCCCACGGCAAACCAGUCGAUUAUCUAACGAGCGUGGCGACACUGGCCAUUCUUUGUUGAGCCGCAACAAAGCGCAAUAUCACUGAGUCCGUGGUCCUGUCCUUGCACACACUCCGCCGUGAGCUGUAUCUCAGCGCACACGUCUGGAAGUGGACUUGUUGCCUUCGGUCGAUACCCAACCUUGACGUCGUCGCCAUCCUGACACGCCAUAAUUCGAGCGCUACGCGACGCUUUUGCCUCUUGAUACUGCACCAUUGGCAGCCCAUCAACAACGCCUAUACCCAUAGGUGACGAGCUGUUGCUACAAGACAGCUGUACAUCGCGCACGCCGUGCUUGAUCUCCUGUUGAAUAAGCAGGGCCGCCGGAACGCCGUGCUCACCUGCGGCGCGUAUGACGCUCUGCUCGCCAUCGUACCAGAAUACCGUCGGGCCUAGGCCUUGUGAUGGUGGCACCAGCUGGAGACCUUGGCCGCAGCCGUCUGGGCGGAUAUAAACCUGCCAGUUGUAAAUCCUGCGGCCAAACUCGUGUCGAUUGCGAACUUCGACAUAUGCCCGUAGCGUAAAGUCGGUAGCAACGUCCAUUUGUGUCUUUGGCGGCGGCAACAGCUGCGCUUGUGCGCCGAGAAGACAGACGCAAAUGAUGAAAAUUGAUUGUAAAUACAUUUUAAUCGUCGUUUUCUUGUGAAAAUGCAAGUCUUCGUGGAGAUUAAGUCCCAAAACAGGGCGUUGUGAAGUUUGGAAUGUUGAAUGUCGUGCUUAUACCGCGUCGUACCCUGCAGUUCAUCUUUGAGAUCACGGCCAGUACAGAUGCGGUCCAAUCUACAUGGGGAAGAAUACCCGGCUCUAUUUUAACCAUCACAUUAAAUUAUUAAGUCUUUGUGUUAAUUAAAAAUUUGCUUUUCCAUUUUAUGAAAAGGUUGUUUAGAUGUACAUUGUCCAUCCACUAAAGCUAGAGCUAAACUUUUUUAGUGCCGCCCAAAAGGUAUUAAACCAACAAACAAAAAUAAACAGACAAAACCGAAAAUCAAAACUUUCAUAGGCAAAUAAGCUUUCAACAUCGUAGUUUAUGAAACCUCCUGAAGCUCCUUGGUGAUGGAGCGUAGGGGGCGGGAGUGGUCGUGACCCUCGUGAUCUUCAUCAUCGUCCUCAGGCCAGUCGGGGAAGCCGUCGUCAAAGAGCUCCUCAAGCUCGUCUUUCUUCUCAUCAUCGUUCAAGUUCUCGUCUCUCAUCACAGACUGCCACUGCUCAAACUCCUCGUCGUUGAGCAAGCACGAGUCAAGCAGGGUUUCGACGCCCUCGUGGUCAAGUUUCUCGCCAAUAAAGACGAGUUCCUGGCGACGGUCACCCCAUUCACCGCCCUUGGCAAUGUCGUGCUGGACAAGGGAGUCGACCUCAGGGUCGCCAGUGGUGUAUUCCUCAGCGGGGAUGGUGCAGAACCAAGGACGGCCACCAGUCAUGGUGAGCAUAGCACCGGCCUGGGACCAGUCGCCAGCACGGCCGGGACGGGUAGCAAGGUAGAACUCGCCCUUGGAGCGGAAGAGGCGCCUGAAGGUAGGGUGGGCACGCUUGUUGGCAAGGAUAGUAGCGUUGUCGGGGGCAUCGAGCUGGUCGACCUCCAUGCCAUCGUCCUUGUGGGCGUUGGGGGAGGGGACAGUGUUGGCGGUAGAGCCGGAGCUCUUGGGGGAGCCGGCGCUGCCACUGCCGCUGUUGGAGCUGUCGUCGUCAAUCUCCAUCUCGUUGCUCUGCUCGAGGCCUUCCAUGGCAUCAUCGUCAUCGUCAUCGUCAUCGUCACCGUCAUCGCCGUGCUCGAGCUGCAGGAUGAACUUGUCAAAGAGCAGCUUGUAGAGACGGGUGGGGUGGAAGGGGCGGUAGCGGGUGUAAAUGCAGCUCUGGACGUUGUACUCCUCAGUCUCGGGCUUGGGGGUGACGACGUUGCGGCCGUUGACCUCACGGACGGUCAUGGCAUGCAAGUCCUGGAGCCAGCCGUAGCCGGCCUGGGCAACGUCGAGCUUGAAGAGGCCGGUGUUGACAAUCUCCUUGGCGUCGACCUUGCCGUAGUUGGUCUCGAUGAUCUUGGCACGAUGGUUGAGCUUCUUGACAAGGGCUCUAAUCUCACCACGGGUCUCCUCGGUAAGCUAUGGCGGUGUUAGUUGACUACUCAAUGGAAUAAUGAGAUAUUAAUACAUACCAUGUCGAUCUUGUUAAGGACAAUAAUGUCAGCAAACUCAAUUUGGUCAACCAUGAGGUCGGAGACGGUUCUCUCAUCCUCAGGAGUGACAUCGUCACGGCGAGCAGAAAUCAAGUCGGCGGUGUCAAAGUCGUUGAGCAUGGUGAAACUGUCAAUGACGGUGACAGUGGUGUCAAGGCGAGCGAACUUCUCAAGACCACCAGCUUCCUUACUAUUUGUUUAUUAGUAACUGAUGAUAUCAAGUCGUCUGUUGGGGUGUUUGACUUACAGCUGGUUGAGGACCUUGACCAUGGAAGGGUCGAGUCCCUGCUCGGGGCCGACGUCGGCAAACAUGCCCAUCUGCUCAGCAAGACGGGCAUCGAAGGUCUCAGCAACCUGCUCAGGCUCACUGAUCCCACUGCUCUCGAUGAUGAUGUAGUCAAACUCCUGCAGCUGGGCGAGGCGGACGAGUUCCUCGAGCAAGUCACCACGGAGGGUGCAGCAGAUGCAGCCGUUCUGGAGGGCAAUGACCUUCUCAUCGGUCUUUGUGAGGUGGUGGGUCUUCUUGAUCAAAGAAGCAUCAACGUUGAUACUAAGUAGGUAUGUUAGAGUAUGAUUCGAUGUAAAAUGUGAAAAUUGUAUAAACGUACGCGCCAAUGUCGUUGACGACGACGGCGAUGCGCAGGCCGUGCUCAACUCUGAGAAUGUGCUGAAGAAGGGUGGUCUUGCCGGAACCCUGUAAGAACGAAACGAGAUUAGCAAUGUUGCUCAUUACUAGACAUGGUAUAUUUUGUCUUACCAAGAAACCAGACAAGAGAGUGACAGGGAGGGCCUUGGGAGGCACGCCAGCGGCCUUGGUAGCCUUCUUAGGCUUGCCGUUGCCCUUGCUUAGUCUAGAGAACUUGCCCAUUGUGAAAGAUAUGAUACCAAAAGAAGUAGAAGAAGAAAGAUGAGUAGGAAAGGGAAAAGUUCCAAAAAGCUUCGAGUCAACCGGAUACGGCAGGCCCAGUAGAAUAUAUACUGCCUAACAUAUUCGUGUGCGCCAGGCCGGCAGUGCGGCGCACGCACAAAAAUAACGUCACUAACCCACGCCAAAAACUCUCCUCCAUUGCCUACAACGACUCGUGAUAGUAGCCCAAGCAUAUCACAAAUGUAAUAGUUCUCAAUGGCUGCAGGGUCAUCAAGGUGGCCCCAAACCGCUAACCAUCAGGGUGGACGAUUCGAGGAUAAGUGGUUCCAGACGUCUCCACGAUCCCCAAAUAUUACAAUACAAGCGCUACUAUUGGACAGAACGAUGCCCACUAUCUCAAUCAGGACGAGGUUACCUGCUUGCUUGCAGAGGCAAAUCCUGUCUGGCGCGCCCGAGGUGGCUAUUAGGGUUCUCUUGAGGGCUGGCGCCGACGCCGCCCUGGAGACCGCGCGAUGAGCCCAAGGACGGCCGCGCAUUGUCAGGAAUCGAUGGCAGAGACCUGGAGCAGACGUUCAGUAGAGACAAGACGUGCUGACCAUCGUGUAAGUAAGCAUCUCGGGGUCGUCAGCGAAGGCGGCGCGACGGCAGGUUUUUAUAGCCAGAGGGAGGGAUGAGGCUGGAGAACCUCAAUGGCCGAGACCGUGGCCGUGUCAUGCCACCUCACCCUUUAGCCAGAACGUGCUCAACAAAAAACGUAGAGACAGAGAGGACUCACUUGACUGUGCCCGCUUGCAGACGUAAUGCAAGCGGCUGUUGCGCCUGGUUCGGCUGGCGUGCGCUGUUACUGCUGUCUCAAAUAUGUGAAAUGAAUGUGUCGCGGCGUAGACGAUGAAUAGAAAGAUAACUUUCGAGUUGUUUUGGUAAUCUAUAUGUCGCUUUUCUAGUUUAAAUACCCCAUUUUGCCGUUUAAAGACCACCCUUGGCCUUGAGGUCCUCAUGAGCACGCUUCUGCUUGUCCCACAACUUCUUGAGCGACUUGAGUUGGCUCUUGGGAACAUCGCUGCCGUCCUUCAUCUUGGUGGGCAUUCCUUGCUCGUCCCACUCUGCGUAUCUCUCGUCUGCCUUGAACAUCUCCUCGGGUGGCACCUUGGCCUUCUCGCGAGCCUCUGCCGCCGCCUUUUCUUGCGCAAGUCGCGCUUCUUCCUUUCUCUUGACCUUUUCGGCCUCACGGGCGGCCUUUUCGUCGCGGGCAGCAAUCAACUCGGCUGCCGGAACAAAUUUGAUCAGCGAUGGCUGGUUAUCGGGUCUGUCAUCGAGAUACACUCCCAGGUUGGUGAAGUCGUAAUCACGAAUACGGUCAGUCAGACCAAGAAUGGCCUUCUUAACAUCAGGAGCCUGAGUAGAAACGAUACGACGGAGCUCAUCACGUAGCUGAGCAAUCACGCGGAGGUAGGGCAACGAAAGCUGCUCAAUAUCGCGGGAGCCGCCCUUCUCGAUCUCCUCGAAUUCGGCUACAGGGUCCUUAGAAGCGAGCGACGCCAAUACGUCAUUCUCGAUCUUCAAGUUGGUUACGUCUUGCUGAACUCGCUUCAUCAUAGAUGCAUACGGCUCGACUGCCACCUUUGUGUCUACAUCGGCGCCAAGGGUGGAGGCCCAGCCAAGGCCGUCAUAGGGUGCAGUGGCAUUGGCAUCAAGGCCAAAGAUGCCAACAAGCUUGGUAAUCCAUCUGGCAAUGGCCUCUACUUCAGCCAGAUUGGCGUCCUUGUUGUCCUUGAGGUAGCUGUUGGUGACGUUGACAAGUUUGAGAAUAACCUGCAUAGCACGAGGCGUAUCAAAGGAGUUGCAGAGUGCAGCGUUAACGUCUUGCUUGGCUUGCUCGAGUUCCUUGAGUAGCACCGAGUCGGUGUUGGAAGCAUCCAGCGACAGCGAUGCUACGCCACUUUGAAGUCCAGAUUCAGCCAACCAUGACUUGGUGUUUGUGAAGAGGUUGCUGACUGUGCUUUCCCAGCUGGCAGCCUGAGCAAUCAUAUCGGGCGAAAUUUCGAUACCGUCGAACCAUUUGCCAAGCAGGAAGACGAUACGCAUGCUUCGUGCUGUAAAUGUGGUAUCAAGGGCAUCCUGGAUAGUCAAGAAGUUCUUCAGCGACUUGGACAUCUUUGAGCCUGCAAUGUGUAGGUGACCAGUGUGUAAGAAGUACUUGACCCAAGUGUGCUCUCCCUUUGCGGCGUCGCAGUAGUAAGCCUCACUCUGAGCCAGCUCAUUGUCGUGAUGAGGGAAAGCCAAAUCAAUACCACCAGAGUGGAUAUCCAUCUGCUCGCCAAAGAUAUCAGAAGCCAUGACAGAGCACUCAAUGUGCCAUCCUGGGCGACCUUCACCCCAAGGGCUAGGCCAGUAUGGCUCACCAGACUUCGAUUUCUUCCAAAUGGCGAAAUCACCGGGCGAUCGCUUUCCGCCAAGGUUGGUAGACAAGGCACCCUCACCCUCGUCCUGGAGGGAUUUGUCGUUCUUUGAGUCAGGUCGCAAUCUAGCAUAUGUGUUGCCUGCCCUUUCGAAAGCAACGAUGUCAAAGUAAACAGAACCGUCGGCUUCGUAAGCAAAGCCCUUCUCGACAAUGCGCUCCACAAACUUGACAAUUUGAGGAACGUAUUCCGUAACUCUGGUAAUAAUAGUAGGACGAAGAACAUUCAAGUUGUCCAUAUCCUGAAGGAAAAGUAGCUCCAUUGCCUUAGUGAGAUCGGUAAACAUAGUCUGGUCGCUGGUGUCGACGGUUUCUUUGUAGAGAGAGUCCAAGUAAGGCAGAAGGACCUCAUCGGAUCCUGGGAAGAUGGCACCGGCAGAGAUGGCCUCUGCAGCAGCGUCCAUGUUGGCGACGUGCAUCUUAACCUUGGCUUCGGCAUCGCUAGGCUUGCCUUCACCAGUAAUAGUUCCUCCGGUCAGCACGCGACCAUAGGCAGCAUCGCGCUUCUCCUUGUAGUUGGCUUCGGUUAACUGGACACCGUCUUGUACCAGAAGAGGCAGACUCUUCUCAGCGUAUUGUUGGAAAGCAUCGAGGGCGAGCUUCUUGAGCUCUUCGGGGGUAUAUGUUUUCUUCUUUUCGACUUCGAGCAAACGCUGGCGACGGGCCUUGAGGAUAAUCUGUGUUGCCGUGUGUUAGUGACUGAAUCCUAGCAAUAAUCUAGGAAUCUCUAACCUUGUCGUCAAUAUCCGUCAUGUUCAUGACAUAGUUGACCUUGUAUCCAAAGUGAUGCAUCAAGAUGCGGCGGAUGACAUCUGAAGUGACGUAGUUGCGAGCGUGGCCCAAGUGACUCUUGUCGUAGACGGUAGGACCGCAAACAUACCAGUCAAUCUUGCCAUCUUCCUUGGGAACAAAAGGCACAGGCCCUCCUGGUUGUAGCGAGUUGUGCAGCUGCAAUGACGCCAUGGUUGUGGUUGAAGAUAGCCUUCGAAAUGCGACGGAACGGAAUGGAGUGGAGAUGCGAACGUUAGAAUGCAGAAAGCGAGCUAGAUGCAUUCAGAAACUCGAUCGAAAAUCCGGGGAUAAGGUCACAAUAUAACGAUCGACCGUUGAGUCGAGUAGCAGUCGAGGGCGUCGUCGCAGAGCAGAGUCACCUUGAGUCACCGGCGAGGGGGUCCGAGAUGUGCGGCUGUUGGAAGACCAAUCUGACGCAAUUUAAAUUCGGCGAUGAUGGCAAUGGGUGAUUGUCCGGCGUGAGAGACUCAGUCCGAUAAUCGGAUUGGUGUUUAUUGGUGGUUUGGUGUUGCGGUGACUCCUCC